CACAUGACAUUUGAUAAUGAAAUGCACUGUAUAUGGUAAAAAAUGAAGCUUUGAUUAAAUCUUUGGAAAUGCGUUUUAGGUUCAAUGGGAAACGUUAUUAAUACCUACUAAGAUUAUGGAAUAGUCAAAUCUAUAAGAUAAAAAUAAGAAAAUGAAGUUAACACAUAGAAACAUAGAAAAAGAUGGCUGCGGGAGUAUUGGGCUUAUACCUGAGGAGUCGGAGGAUAUGUGGCAUGCCUAUAACUUGAUAUCAGAAGGCGAUGCAGUGACCGCGUCAACUGUCCGUAAGGUUCAAACGGAAUCAUCCACAGGUUCUUCUACUAGUAACAGAGUCAGAACUACGCUCACUAUAAGAGUCGAAACUAUUGAUUUUGAUACACAAGCAUGUGUAUUGCGUUUAAAAGGUCGAAACAUUGUAGAAAACCAAUAUGUGAAGAUGGGUGCAUAUCACACAUUAGAUUUAGAACAGAACAGAAAGUUUGUUUUACAAAAGGUACUCUGGGAUUCGGUAGCAUUGGAGAGAGUGGACACAGCCUGUGACCCAUCCGCUACAGCUGAUGUGGCGGCUGUUGUGAUGCAGGAGGGCCUUGCCCAUGUCUGCCUCAUCACACCUUCAAUGACAUUGGUCCGUUCUAAAAUAGAUGUGACAAUACCUAGGAAGAGGAAAGGUUUCGUUCAACAACAUGAAAAGGGUCUCAAUAAGUUCUAUGAUGCUGUAAUGCAGGGCAUUUUGCGGCACAUUGACUUCAGUAUAGUGAAAUGUAUAAUUCUUGCAUCGCCUGGUUUUGUCAAAGAUCAGUUCUUUGACUAUAUGAUGCAGCAAGCUGUUAAAACAGAUAAUAAGUUGUUAAUUGAUAAUAAGGGAAAGUUCUUAUUAGUUAAAGCAUCAUCUGGUUUUAAACAUUCAUUGAAAGAGGUACUUCAAGAACAAUCAGUUAUGGCAAAGAUAUCAGACACAAAAGCAGCAAGUGAGGUGAAACUAUUAGAAAGCUUUUAUACAAUGUUGCAGUUGGAACCGGCUAAAGCUUUCUACGGCAAGAAGCAUGUGGAAAAAGCAAAUGAGGCAUUAGCUCUUGAAACACUUAUGAUAUCUGACAAAUUGUUUAGGUGUCAAGAUGUAUUGAAAAGAAAGGAAUAUGUAGCGUUAGUUGAUUCAGCGAGGGAGAAUGGCUGUGACGUCAGAAUAUUUUCGAGUAUGCAUGUAUCUGGUGAACAAUUAGAUCAGCUGACUGGUAUUGCUGCCAUUCUACGUUUCCCAAUGCCUGAACUGGAAGAUAGUGAUGCAGAAGACGACAGUGGAACAGAAUCGGAUUGAUAACCUCCAAUAAUCUAUUAGCUAAAAGCAUUUUACAUCAACAUUUAGUUAUAAAAAUUUGU